UGUUCGCGUCUCAGGCCUUUGACGAAGGCCCCGCCCGGCAACUCAGCCCAGGGAGGGAGCGGCAAGGCUUCUGGCUUUCUUGGAGGAGGCUGUGCACUGUGCAGGGGUGAACAAGAAAAGGUCUGCUGGCACCUUCUUCACCACCACUAAUAACCCAUGCCUUGUAACAUGUUCUGAUGAGUGCCCCCUUCCAUUGUCUAUGGCUGAUUGUUGAAAGAUGAAAAACCUACUCUGUGGUGGCAUCUCAGUUAUGGAUCUCCCUCUCUCAGGUCCAUGUGGUAUUCUUCUUGCUGGCUUUCAGAAAAUAAGUAAAAAUAAUUUUAUUCAAGAGUGUUUUUUAAAUAAAGAAAACAAGUUACCGGUUUCGGUUUCUGGCAAAAGAAACUAAAGAAAACUCUUGGUGGGGUGAGGAAUCGAGACUUUCCUACAGAGUCCAAAAGCAGUCCAGCAGACAGAAGUAUCAGCACCUUGUCUCGAGGAUCUUCUGGACCUAGACAGACAAGCCUUUUGGCUGAGGGCCACAAAACAGUGGUUACAUGGAGCUGCGUGAAUAUCAGUGGGAAGUCAUUAAACCUGCGUUGGAGGGCAAGAAUAUCAUCAUUUGGCUGCCAACAGGAGCAGGAAAGACCCGGGCAGCUGCCUACGUCUGUAAGAGGCACUUGGAGAGCCAACAGAAGAGCAAGGUGGCAGUUUUGGUCAACACGGUGCCUCUAGUGAACCAACACCUGAAAAAUGAGUUCAGCGUCUUGCAGAAUUGCUUCAAGAUUGCAGCCAUCAGUGGUGAUAACAACGAAAAGUUUUUCUUCUCAGAAGUGGUGAAGAGGAAUGAUUUAAUCAUCUGCACAGCUCAGAUCCUACACAAUGCCCUCAGUAGCCAAGAGGAAGAGAUACACGUGGAGCUGACAGAUUUCACCUUGCUGGUGAUUGAUGAGUGCCAUCACACUCACAAAGGAACCACCUACAACAAGAUCAUGGAGGACUAUUUGAAGCGCAAGCAGAAAGGGCAGCGGAAUUUGCCGCAGAUCCUGGGACUCACAGCCUCGUUGGGCACUGGCGGUGCCAAUUCCCAGGAGGGAGCCCAAGAGCACAUCCUAGAGAUCUGUGCCAACCUGGACACUGAAAAAAUCAUGUCAUCUGACAAACUUAAUUUCUACCAUGAUAGUCCUGUUCCACAACCCAAGAAGCGGUAUGAUAUCCCCGACCAAAGGUCUCAGGAUCCCUUUGGUGAAAAGCUAAAGGAGAUGAUGAUCCAGAUCCAUAGUUACUUGGAUAAACCUGACUUGACUACAGAUUUUGGCACCCAGAUCUAUGAGCAGCAUAUUGUAGAGCUUGAGAAAGAAGGAGCAAAAGGAUUUUGCCGAAAGACUCGAGUGUGUGCCUUGCAUCUCCGUAAAUAUAAUGAUGCCCUGCUGAUCAAUGACACGGUGCGCAUGAUCGAUGCCUUCAAGACCCUGGAUGAGUUUUACCUGCUGGAAAAUGCUACAAAGGUGCUGCAGGACCCAACUGAGCGCUACCUGGUCCAGCUCUUUGACAGGAACAAGCAGCACCUUUUGGCCCGAGCUGGAGACAAGCGCUAUGAAAAUCCUAAACUUGACAAGCUGCUUCAGGUCCUCCGGGACCAAUUCCAAGAGCUGCAGAGCUCACGGGGCAUUGUGUUUACCCGGACACGCCAGUGCGCUCACUCCCUGCAUCAGUGGGUACAAGGCAACCAGGCCUUGCGUGAACUUGGGAUCAAGGCUGCUGUCCUCACUGGGGCUGGCUACAGCAACCAGACAAAACACAUGACACAGACCGAGCAACAGAACGUCAUCCAGUUAUUCCGCAGAGGAACAUCCAACCUUCUCUUUGCUACCAGCGUCGCAGAGGAGGGGCUGGACAUCCCCGAGUGCAAUAUUGUGGUCCGCUACGGGCUAAUGACCAAUGAGAUUGCCAUGAUGCAGGCCAGGGGCCGAGCCCGUGCCCCAGACAGCUUGUACUCCGUUUUGGUCAAUGCCUACAGCAAGGAGGUGGUCCGUGAGAAGCGCAAUGAGAUCUUAGAGGUUGUGAUGGAGAGAGCUAUUGAGUGGGUGCAGCGGCUGCCUGAGCAUGAAUACCGCCAGAAGAUUGCAGACCUUCAGCAUAAAGCUGUCAUUGGCCUCAUAAUGCGGGAUACUGAACGCGAGCAGCACCGCCGGCUACACAAUCCAGAUCAUGUGCGCUUCCAUUGCCGCAACUGCAAUGAGGCCGUUUUCCACGGCUCUGACCUGCGCUUAGUAGAGAAAAUGCACCGCGUGAACAUCAACCAGAACUUCAGACUGUACUACAAAGCAUCACCUGGCCAUGUGGCGAUUCCUUGUGAGUUUAAGGAUUGGAGGCCAGGCAGUUCCAUCAGCUGCAGUAAAUGUGGGCAGGCUUGGGGAAUGGAAAUGAUCUUCAAUGUAAUCACACUGCCCAAUCUUAGCAUUAAAAACUUUGUGGUGGAAACUCCAGACGGCACAAGGACCUUCAAGCAAUGGAGCAAAGUUACCUUCGACAUCAAGGAGUUUGACUAUGCAGAAUAUUUUGACACUGUCAACUUGCUGGACGAAUAAGGCUUGGAGAACAAGUGGAAAGAGAGAAUUCUAGUUGGAUAAAUAGGUGUCCUAACAUGGCCACCAUUGCAGUCAUAUUUCAUCUCAUAACACAAACAGGUAGAGCUAGGUGAUUAUAGGCAGUAGAGGGUCAGUGGACCAUAACUUGGAACCAUGGAGAGCUGCAGACAAAUGCAAUAGACAAUACUAGCCCAGAUGGUGUGUACCAAAUCAGUGGCUUGGUAUAAAGCAGCUUCAUAAUUCACAUGUGUAAACCCACAUAGGAACAUAAGAAGCUGUCUUCUACCGAGUCAGACCAUAGGUCCAUCUAGGUCAGUAUUGUCUACUAAACAGGCAGGCAGUGGCUUCUCCAAGGUUACAAGCAGAAGUGUCUAUCAGCCCUAUCUUGAAGAUGCCAGAGAAGGAUCUUGGAACCUUCUGCAUGUAAGCAAGCAUGCAGAUGCUCUUCCCAGAGUGGCCCCAUCCCCUAAAGGGAGUGUUUUACAGUGCUCACACAUGUAGUCUCAUUCAAAUGCAAGCUCGGGAGGACCCUGCUUAGGAAAGAGAACAAUUCAUGCUUGCUAACACAAGGCCAGCUCUCCUCCCAGCCCAACUUUCCUCCUCAAUCCCCAAGGCUAGCUUUCUCACAUGAGCCUAGCCUCCUCAUAGAUUUAUUCAGAUGCACAACACACCAUCCAUUUUUAGCUCACUGGAGGAAGGACAGGAUGCAAAUGUGAUCGAUGAAAUCGAAACAGAGUUACUGUGGAUAUCACUGGAGAUUGGGGAAAUGUUUCAAGGACAUUUUAUUAGCAGGGGAAUGUCCACUACAGAACAGGGUUUGCAUCUCCCUGCAUGGUUCUCCGAAGCGGGAUAGUCCAGAACAAAACAUCUUCAAGUGAGUGAUUUCAAGCUUCCCAUACAAAAUGAAAUUAGAGAGGGCUCUUAUAUACAUGAGGACAAAAGCUCAUUUUAUCAUUAAAAAAGCCAGACUGGAAUUUGCUAAAGUGCAUAUUGACAAGCCACAAAUGCUUCUGAGAGAAUGUCCUUUGGAAAGAUGAGACAAAACUGGAACUUUUUGGCAAGUCGCAUCAGCUCUAUGUCCACAGACGAAAAAAUGAAGCUUUCAAAGAAAAGAACACCAUACCUACUGUGAAACAUGGAGGAGGCUCGGUUAUGUUUUGGGGCUGCUUUGUUGCAUCUGGCACAGGUUGCCUUGAGUCUGUGCAGGGAACAAUGAAAUUUCAAGACUAUCAAGACAUUCUGGAGCGAAAUGUACUGCCUCGUGUCAGAAAGGUCUGUCUCAGUCACAGGUCAUGGAUCCUCCAACAGGAUAAUGACCCAAAACACACGGCUAAAAGCACCCAAGAAUGGCUAAGAACAAAACAUUGGACUAUUCUGAAGUAGCAUUUUAUGAGCCCUAAUUUGAAUCCUAUCGAACAUCUAUGGAAAGAACUGAAACAUGCAGUCUGGAGAAGGCACCCUUCAAACCUGACACAGCUGGAGCAGUUUGCUCAGGAAGAGUGGGCCAAACUACCUGUUGACAGGUGCAGAAGUCUCAUUGAGAGCUAAAGGAAUCACUUGUUUGCAGUGAUUGCCUCUAAAGGUUGUGCAACAAAAUAUUAGGUUAAAGGUCCCAUCAUUUUUGUCCAUGUCAUUUUCAUUUGUGUUAUUAUUUGAAAUAUUCUGUUGCAUCAAAACUCUAAAGCAAAAUCUGAUUUUUUAAAAAUGUGGAACAAACAACGAUGGGUGUCAAUUAUGUUUGUCAGUUUCAAGUUAUUUCAGAGGCAAUUGUGGGUUCUUCUUUUUUCGUGGAAGGGUACCAGCACAUUUGUCCACAUGUGUAGAUAGGGAUCUUUGGAGAGACCAUAACAAAACAUAAGACCAGCCCUGCUGGAUCUGGCCCAAAGCCUAUCUGAUUCAGCAUCCUGUUUUAAAAUGCUGUCAGCACAACCAUUACUUUGGUAAACACCCUUGAGGCGGUGGAGAGCCCAAAGGGUAGGACUUUAUAUUGGUAGACUUGAGGGCCUACUGUAAGGUACUUUCUGUGUUUCGGACAGAUUUGGACAUGAAAGUAAGCAUCCUUUAAAUCGAUGGUAAUAAACCAUGUGUCUCCCACCAGGAGCUGAAUUAUUGAUGCAAUGGAGAUCAUGCAGAAUUUGGUGUUCUGUAUGAAUUUGUUGAGUGUCCUGAGGUCUAGGAUAGGCUGAAUUCCUCCGUGCUCCUUGGAAAUAUCUGGAAUAGAACCUGCCCUCCUGGAGAGCUGGCAGGACAGGUUCUAUCACAUCUUUUUUCUGAAGUGACACCACCUCCACUUGGAGAAAGGGGGUAGGAGUGGUGAAUCUUAUACUCAAUGAGCCAGUAUGAAAUUUUACGGCAUAGCCCAAUUGGACUAUGGAAAGCACCCAUUUGGCCAUAGUUGAGUCUCCAAUUGUCCAGAUGUUGUGAUAUCAUGGGUACUUGGGUAGGAGUGUC